CCCUGUUUGUUCUCUUGCUCGACCGCCAAACUGCCUGCCUGUCUGUCUGUCUGUCUGUCGGCCUUCCUUUACCCCGGUCAAUCUCCUGCACCAACUCGAUCACUAUCAUCCGUUGCAGAUUGAAUUCGCCCAAAAGGCAAAGCAACUACUAAAACUUUCCUUCGAAAUCAGCCCUGCCGGUCGCAAUACUUAGUCAAAUAGCCAUCACCUCCCCCCCACCCCUUGCGCCCGUUACCAACUCGGCUGACCAUCCGACAUGGCGGCCAACAGCUACUAUCAGAGCGGCUACAGCAGCAAUCCGCCUACUUACGAGCAAGUCAAUCCACACACAUCCCAGUACCCGGCAACUGGCCAUCCCGAUUUCAACACACAUCCUUACCAGCCAACGGCCUCCGACCCUCAGCUUCACUAUAGUCAACAAUCACUGGGCUCCGAUCAAGGAGCCUAUGCCGCUGGCGCCAGAUUGAACGAAGGUGAACAAUAUGCCGAGAAUAUCCCCCUCAAAGCCAACAAUCAGUAUCCGAAUGGGCCCCCGCCGCCUGCGAAUUGGAUGCAUCAACCAACGCAUUAUCCGCCGUCCCCGGACGAGAUCGAGCCGGCCAUGCGUCCGAACGCUCGUCGAACACAGAAGAGGGGCUUGUUGGGAAGGAAGAUCGCUUGGGUGACCUAUACACUGACAUUGAUCCAAAUAAUUGUCUUCAUUGUGGAAUUAGUCAAAAAUGCUCAAUUUACAGGAUCCCCGAUCGAGACUAAACCAUCGUUCAAUGUCAUGAUCGGUCCGUCGCCGUACCUCCAGAUUUACAUGGGAUCGCGAUACACCCCGUGCAUGAAGAAUACGCCAGGCAUUCAGGAUGCCAAAGAAACGAUCCUCUUCCCUUGCCCCAACGCGACGACAACCGAGGCCCAUUGUACCUUGUCCGAACUGUGUGGCUUUAGUGGUGUGCCAAACCCGACCCCCAACGGAUCGCUCGAUGACCAGCCUGAGCCGAACCAGUGGUUCCGAUUCAUCAUCCCAAUGUUCAUUCACAGCGGAUUCGUCCACAUCGGCUUCAACUUGCUCGCGCAGAUGACGAUCGGUGUUGCCAUGGAGAAAAUGAUCGGAUGGUGGCGGUAUGCUCUGGUGUAUCUGGCCAGCGGGAUUUGGGGAUUCGUCCUCGGAGGCAACUACGCCGCUCAGGGCCAGGCCUCCUGCGGCUGCUCCGGGGCACUAUUCGGCAUUCUCGCCCUCGAUCUCUUGGAUCUGUUCUAUACUUGGCAAGACCGCCAGUCGCCGUUUGUUGAAUUGGUUAUCAUGAUUCUAGGAAUUGGCGUGUCUUUUGUUUUGGGACUUCUGCCGGGACUGGAUAACUUCUCGCAUAUCGGUGGCUUCACCAUGGGUCUGGCUUUGGGACUGUGCCUUUUGAGGUCGCCUAAUGCGCUUCGUGAGCGCAUUGGACUCGCACGGAACCCGUAUGUAGCCAUGAGCGGCGGUGUGGGCACGGCCACGCCGGAGGAUGGGCAGAAGGUGGUUCCAGGCCCCAGUCUUGUCGAUUUCAUCAAGGGCAAGCGCAGCCUCAAGUCGUCUGAGGGCAAAUCAAACCCGAUGAACUUCUUCCGCGGCCGGAAGCCUCUGUGGUGGGCAUGGUGGUUGGUGCGCGCGGGAGCUUUAGUCGCCGUGCUGAUCGGGUUCAUCCUUCUCAUCAUUGAUUUCUACAAAUACCCCAAGUCGAAUUGCUCUUGGUGCUAUCGACUCAGUUGUUUGCCGAUCAAGGAUUGGUGCGAGCAGGGGAACAUCACGACAGAGCAGAACUCUACUUAGACGCAUCUGAUAUAUGGCAUUUUCGAUUCAUCGGCAUAUGAUUUUUGCAUCAUCUGAAUAUCCCUCUGCGAUUUGAUUGGCAUUUCUUCUUUCUCAUCGGCUACGGCCAUUACAGUACAUUAUUCGACGGCGUUAGUGGAGACGACGCACGCCUGAGUUGCAUCAGUGCAGCGGUCAUAUGUUCAUAAAGUAUCUCUGGUAGAAUAGCGAAUGCAUAACGAACAGAAUUGAGAAC